AUGCCACACAAGGUCACCAACGAUUCAAAUUCCUCCUUAGCCAGCAAAGGCAGCGGUGAUAGCACCGACAGCAACGACCAGGUCAUCGUCACCGAAGUUCCCGGUACGUCGAUCAUUGUGCAGUGUAAAGGACACACAACCCCUGCCUACCCUGCCUACCACCGCGGCAGUCCAGGAUUUGGCAGCAAGCUAACGACGCCGCUACCCACAGUGCCAGCCGCGAAAUCCAACACCAGCCGCCGCCGCCGCCAGCCACCGGUCAUCGUACACAACAAGGGCGGCCAGAUCUAUGAUGAGACCCGGCCAUCAGAUUGGGACAAACAGCGCUGGAAAUAA